CCCGCGCGCCCGGACGCGUCAGGCCGCGUCUCCUCAGUUCCUCACGGGCGGUGGCUGCGGCAGCGCGGCGCUACAAGUUUUGACAUUUUGGCGGCGGAGGAGCGCGCCCGCACUUCGGGGCCGGCGGCUGUGGGAGCAGCCGACCCUCGAGGGCCUUUCAGCCGCACGCCGGCGCUCCCGCCGCCCACAGUCGGGCGGCCACGAGGCCCGGCCGCGUCCUCCCGCGUUCGCCCGCCGGGCGGCUGCAGCCAUGUCGCGGGGGCCGGAGGAGGUGAACCGGCUCACGGAGAACACCUACCGGAAUGUUAUGGAACAGUUCAAUCCUGGGCUACGAAAUUUAAUAAACCUAGGAAAAAAUUAUGAAAAAGCUGUUAAUGCUAUGAUCCUUGCGGGGAAAGCCUACUACGAUGGAGUGGCCAAGAUUGGUGAGAUUGCCACCGGGUCCCCCGUGUCAACAGAGCUGGGCCAUGUUCUCAUAGAGAUUUCAAGUACCCACAAGAAACUCAAUGAGAAUCUUGAUGAAAACUUCAAAAAGUUCCAUAAAGAGAUUAUACAUGAGCUGGAGAAGAAGACGGAACUUGAUGUAAAAUACAUGAAUGCAACUCUCAAAAGAUACCAAAUGGAACACAAAAGUAAGUUAGAUUCUCUGGAGAAAUCUCAAGCUGAGUUGAAGAAGAUCAGAAGGAAAAGUCAAGGAGGACGAAAUGCACUCAAAUACGAACACAAAGAAAUUGAGUAUGUAGAAACUGUUACGUCUCGCCAGAGCGAAAUCCAGAAAUUUAUUGCAGAUGGUUGCAAAGAAGCUCUACUUGAAGAGAAAAGGCGCUUCUGCUUUCUGGUCGACAAACACUGUAGCUUUGCAAAUCACUUACAUUAUUAUCAUUUACAGUCUGCAGAAUUACUCAAUUCCAAGCUGCCCCGGUGGCAGGAAACGUGUGGUGACGCUACCAAAGUGCCCGAGAAGAUCAUGAAUAUGAUCGAGGAAAUAAGGACCCCAAGCUCUACCCCCGUGUCCGGGACGCCCCAGCCCUCACCGAUGAUUGAGAGAAGCAGCAUGGUUGGGAAAGAUUAUGACACUCUUUCUAAAUAUUCGCCAAAGGUGCCCCCAGCUCCUUCAGCCAGAGCGUAUACUAGUCCUUUGAUUGAUAUGUUUAAUAACCCAGCAACAGUUGGACAGAAUUCGGAAAGGAUAAAGAAUUCAACAGAUUCUUCAGAUGAUCCCAGUUUACAGCGAUCAGUCUCUGUUGCAACUGGACUGAACAUGAUGAAGAAGCAGAAAGUAAAAACCAUUUUCCCACACACUGCUGGCGCAAACCAGACUUUGCUCAGCUUCGCGCAGGGAGACAUCCUCACACUGCUCGUCCCUGAGGAGAAGGACGGCUGGCUUUAUGGAGAGCAUGACACCACCAAAGUGAGGGGCUGGUUCCCAGCAUCCUACACAAAGUUGCUGGAAGAAGAUGAAAAGGAGGCCAUGAGUGUGCCCACACCAAGCCUGGCCCCAGUGAGAAGCAUCAGCACGGUGAACUUAUCUGAGAAAAGCGAUGUCGUCAUUCCCCCACCGGAUUACUUAGAAUGUUUGUCCCAGGGAGCGGCUGCAGAUAAGAAAGCAGAUGUUUCCAAAAAUACUUCUACCUUUAAAGCACCGGUGUCCCAGCCAGAAGCCACAUCUCCUAACGAUGCAAAUGGGACAGCAAAGCCACCUUUCCUCAGCGGAGAGAACCCCUUUGCUACCGUGAAACUCCGACCGACGGUGACAAACGAUCGCUCAGCGCCCAUCAUCCGAUGAAGGGAGGGCCCAGGAACUCCAGUUCUUCCGUUAAGUUCUCAUUGCAAAAUGAUACAAGUUGUUUGACGUGCUGUAACUGGUGUAAAGCUUCGCCAAAGGGUGCCUGAUUUUAACUGUAUUCUACUUGAGCAAAUCAAUGCAUUCUCUCAAUUUAACAUAGUUGUGUUGAUACAUUUCCAUCUUUAAGAAGAUAAAGAAUAGUUUAGUUAUCAACUCAGUCAUUUAAAAAUCUCUUCUGUUCAUCAGAAGACAGUAAAUUUGGUUCCAAUCCUUACUGUAUCAUUUUUAAAAUAUUCUAUGAUUUUUUUUAAUAGCCAGAGUAAGGGAUAGUCUGUGCUUUCAUGACUGGGUUUCUGCACCUGAAUGCAAAGGAGACCACAGUUUUAUUUUAUAAAGCAUGUGCUCUUACCUAGCAUUAUGACAUUUAUCUAGAGGAAGUGAUGUGUAAAUUUGCAUCUUAGCAUGCAAAUCAUAAUUGUAAGCAAUAUAAAUUAUGAGACUUAUAUAAAAUUUAAUUUUUUAACUUAAAAAUUUUAAAUUGUUUAAUCAGAUGUAGAGCUACCUAAGAUGGAGGAAUCCCCAAGUUUCCUUCGAUUUAGACAUACCUGAAGAGUGUGCAGACAUUUUGCCUGACCCUGUCACAGCCAUGAUGCUUAGUACUCGAAUAAUCCCAGAGCUAUUGAGUUUAGUAGUUUGGAGUUACGAACUCCCCGACUCAGUGCAGAGAAGACACCAGGCCGUGCUGCACGUGGGCCUGGCUCAGAGCGUCACACAUGCGUGUGAGGGCCCCACGGAGCGACCCCAGGGUGUUCUCACUAUGCUCGUUGAUCGAAGCUGCCUCCCUAGCUAGUGUACUUCAUUUCUGAAAUCAGGUACUGACCCCCACUCCCGCAAAGAGCACGUAGAUAGCCAGGACCUAAGUGUUAGUGGCUGGGAUGGGAAGGUCUGCAUUUCAUCUGAGACCUGCCAUCACAGCCUCAGAACUGGGAACUCUGAGCCAGUGCCGAGUUUACCUCUGGC